AAACGCCCCCCAAAUUCAACGCGAGAGAGCAAAGCCUCUUCUUCUCUGGAUGAACGUACGUCUCGCUAAAACCCUAAAACGUAGGCUAACCAUAUCCUCGGUAAAGGGAGGUGCUUUUCGGCAUUUGUCGUUCAUAAAGGUGGAUUCUUUCUUCUCUGCUUCUGACCUGAAGAAAACGGAGACGAUGUCGUCUUAUCUCGGCGAUUACAGUGUCAUUAAGGAAGGCAAGGCCGAGAUCCUCGUUGACGCGAAAAAUGAAGUCUUUUACAACAAGACCCAGUUUUAUCGCAUUCUAUAGGUGAACAACAGAGACAUGUCCAUUGCUGUCUUAAGGGCAUUCAUUUCCAAACGCAAGCAAGAGCAUGAGGUAAUGUUGUCUAGAAGAAAAAGAGGAGGAGCAUCAGAAGCCACUAAGAAAGAUGCUGAAAAAUCUGUACAAGGAGAAGCUCCUGAAAAAUCUAAUAUCAAUGACGAUGAAAUAAACAAAGGACAUGACGGGGGAGAAUCAAUCUCUCUAGAUGAAAAAUCUGGUGUGUCAGAGAAAUCUUCUAAGACUACAGAAUCUACCACUCAAAUGGGUCCUAAGCCACCAAGAGUGCUUGAGGCUUUGUCAGCUUCCGGGUUGAGAGCAUUAAGAUAUGCCCUUGAAGUAGAAGAGAUCGGUCAAGUUGUGGCAUUAGAUAAUGAUAAGGCAUCAGUAGAAGCUUGCCAGAGAAAUAUAAAGUUCAAUGGUUCAGUUGCAAGUUCGAAGAUAGAGUCACAUCUAGCGGAUGCCCGUGUAUACAUGCUCACACAUCCAAAAGAAUUCGACAUGGUUGACCUGGAUCCCUAUGGUUCACCUUCUAUAUUCUUGGACUCUGCGGUCCAAUCUGUCUCUGAUGGAGGCAUGCUGAUGUGCACGGCAACUGAUCUGGCAGUGCUUUGUGGAGGUAAUGGAGACGUUUGUUAUUCCAAAUACGGCUCAUAUCCUCUCAAAGGAAAAUACUGUCAUGAGAUGGCUUUGAGGAUUCUCCUUGCCUGUAUAGAGAGUCAUGCAAAUCGCUAUAAGCGAUACAUUGUUCCUGUUCUGUCAGUUCAAAUGGACUUCUAUGUUCGUGUCUUUGUCCGGAUAUACACUUCUGCUGGUGAGAUGAAGAACACUCCUCUCAAGCUGUCUUAUGUUUACCAGUGUAAUGGUUGUGAUUCCUUUCAUCUUCAGCCUGUUGGGAGAACUCUUGAAAAGAAUAAGAGUACGAGAUAUUUGCCUGCCUGUGGUCCGGUUGUUCCUCAAGAAUGCUCCCACUGUGGGAAAAAAUUUAACAUAGGUGGACCCAUAUGGUCCGCUCCUAUACACGACCAAGAUUGGGUAACUUCUAUCCUAGAAGACGUGAAAUCUAUGAAGGAUAAAUAUCCUGCUUAUGAUCGUAUAUGUGCUACAUUGACCUCGAUCUCCGAAGAAUUGCCCGACGUUCCUCUCUUUCUGAGCCUCCAUGGCCUAUGUGCAACGCUGAAAUGUACUCCUCCUUCAGCUGUUCUCUUCAGAUCUGCAGUCAUCAAUGCAGGAUAUGAGAUUUCUGGAACUCAUGUGGAGCCACUUGGACUAAAAACCAAUGCUCCUAUGGAUUUCAUUUGGGAUCUCAUGCGUUUCUGGGUAAAAACUCAUCCGAUAAAGCCGCAACCUCCUCAACAUCCUGGAAGCGUUAUACUUUCAAAGGAACCCAGUACAGAUCACGAGAUAGAUCUUGCUCGGGCAGCAUCGCUUAGCAAAGCGCAGGCAAAGAAGAAAGCUGUUCGCUUUCUUCCGAACCCGGAAAAGUAUUGGGGUCCUAAGGUAAAGGCAGGCAGACAGAUCACAAUGAAACACAUCUCCAUUCUGGGAGAAGAUACCGUUACUAAGCAUCUUAACCGUGAAAAUGGCGGCGAAACACGCGAUGCUAAGCACCCAAGGACUCAAGAUACUACUACUAAUCCAACCUCAGAAGAUUCGACAGACGAAUGAACCAUCUUUGUUCAAUUUGGAACACUUCAUCUUCAUGUGGGAAAAACUCUUUUGGAGCCACAAAACAUCAGACUCCAUCUUUGUUCAGACCUGAAGAGAAACUGAGAGAGAGAGAGCAGAACCCCGAAGCAGAUCUGUACCUCUGAAUCUUGUGAGAGUUUGGAAUGGUUGAUUAUUCCUCUUGAUUUGUAGACUGUUACUUGUUCUGUGUCUAUUAUGAGAUCUGGUGUGUAUACCAGAAGCUCAUGGAAUCCGAUUUACCAUUUGGUGAUCUGACAUCUCGACUGCAGCUACGCCAUUGCCCAGCAGUGCAUAAUGAUACCAGGUUUACUCUUUCUCUAAUAAUUUGCCAGACAAGA